GCAGUUUACUGACACCGCUACAACGUGUUUUUAUCGCUGGCUGUCCAGACGGAAGGUGCUGAAACGCUUUGUCGCGUGUCUGGAAGAAGUGAAAACUUUCCUGGGCAGCAAAGGGCUCACCUUUCCUGAGCUGGAACAGCCAGAGUGGCUGGAAAAGCUACACUUCAUGGUAGACAUGACAGCGCACCUGAACACGCUGAACACAGCUCUUCAGGGGAAAGGACGUACAGCCCUGCACAUGUUGGAGGAUGUUUUGGCAUUCGAGCGCAAGUUGACAGUGCUUGCCAGAGAUUUACAGAAAGGCACUUUGUCUCACUUCCCCAAUUUGAGAGAGUUCAAACAAGGUCACGACAUGAUAAUUUCGGAGUAUUUACAUUCUGCAAUCAUCGCAAUGCAAACAUCGUUUGGGAAACGCUUCUGUGAGUUCAGAGAGGAAAAAAACACAUUAUCCUUCCCGGUCACUCCCUUAAGCAUCGAUCCUUCCCUACUGAAUACGACUGCAUUGGCAGGUGUGAGUCAACCUGAUCUUGAGAUGGAACUGGCCGACAUAGCCGACAAAGACAUAUGGGUGUCCAAGUUUAGACGCUUGACAGCAGACCUUGAAGAUGUUGCCCGUCAGAAGGCCGUUCUUGCUCAGAAACACAAAUGGAGUGAUAUUGAAAACCUCACAGAUGACAGCUUGCGAUCCUGUGUAAAGAUGAAGGUGACAUCAUACAGCCCUGAUGUGCAGACGCUGUGCGCUGAGGUCCAGGAGCAGAAAUCCCAUUAACCAAGAUGACAGCUGGCUGACGUUAUUUUUGGUUUGCUGCUGGCGGAAAAUUUAAGUUCGGCGUUUUUCAUAAAUACAAGAAGGACUCAAAUAGACAUUGAAUAUUUUACUUAAAAGUAACUUUCAACCCAACGUCUUUUUUUCGGAGUUCAAAAUGUUUUUGUUGCAUGCAGAAAUGUAAUUUCGUUUUCUCUGCAGGAGUUCAUCAAUUUCAUAAAUGCAACACAUUAUAGUUUGUUUAUACAUAGCAUAAAGGCAAAAAAAACGUU